AUGCUAAGCGUAAUCAUGUCGCUGAAGUCGUUACUGUCAACACCGUUACUUCGAGCAGCGAAGAUUAAUGAGUCCAUUUAUGACGGUGUGAUUCUCGUCACAAGUUGUGCAAAGAUCGUUGCUGAAUUACCUCCACUGAAAGAACUCUCAGCGGCUGUAUUGGACUUCAUUGAGGUGAGAUCUAAUCUGCAGUUUUUCUCAACCGUAGGUGGUUAUGUUUUUUUUUACACUUCCAUGGCCUCAUUUCUAUUGCUAAUGCCGCUUCUAUAA